CUGUCAAAUUGACAAUAUUGUUAAGUUACAGUGUCAACUUGCUCAAGAUUUUAGCUUUAUACUUACGGAAUAUAUUUUAAUUUUUUAAUUCUAAAGUACUAAUAAUCUUCAAUAAGUAUAGUAAAUAUAUCUGAAAAUGGACGAUGAUGCGGAAACCUAUAAACUUUGGCGUAUUCGUAAAACUGUAAUGCAGUUGUGCCAUGAUCGUGGUUAUCUAGUGACACAGGACGAGUUGGAUCAGACAUUAGACCAGUUUAAAGAACAGUUUGGUGAUAAGCCUAGUGAGAAAAGGCCAUCCCGAAGUGAUCUCAUUGUGUUGGUGGCUCACAACGAUGAUCCAACAGAUCAGAUGUUUGUGUUCUUCCCAGAUGAAGCCAAAAUUGGUAUUAAAACAAUCAAAACCUACUGUACUAGGAUGCAAGAAGAAAAUAUUCACAGAGCAAUUGUUGUUGUUCAAGCAGGUAUGACACCUUCUGCAAAACAAUCUUUAGUGGACAUGGCACCAAAAUACAUUCUAGAACAAUUCUUAGAAUCAGAACUUCUGAUUAAUAUAACAGAACAUGAAUUAGUACCAGAGCACAUUGUAUUGACACCUGAUGAAAAACAAGAAUUGCUGGCGAGAUAUAAACUAAAGGAAAACAUGUUGAUGAGAAUACAGGCGGGUGACCCAGUUGCUAGAUAUUUUGGGCUGAAGAGAGGGCAGGUGGUAAAGAUCAUUCGAUCGUCAGAAACCGCGGGAAGAUAUAUUUCUUACAGAUUAGUUUGUUAAGUUUAAGAUUAAUACAUUUACGAAUAAAAUUCCAUUUUUAUAAAA